GAGCCACCGGUGUCAAUACAAAAGAGGGAGCGGAGCGCGGCGGAGCCAGGCGGCCUCCCGCGGAAUCGGGGACAUGGACAUGAAGAAAAGGAUCCACUUAGAGCUGCGGAACAGGACGCCCUCCGACGUAAAAGAACUUGUUCUUGACAACUGCAGGUCAAAUGAAGGAAAAAUUGAAGGCCUCACAGAUGAAUUUGAAGAGCUGGAACUAUUAAGUACAAUCAAUGUAGGCCUCACCUCAGUUGUAAACUUACCAAAAUUAAACAAACUUAAGAAGCUCGAGUUAAGUGACAACAGAAUCUCAGGGGGACUGGAAGUAUUGGCAGAAAAAUGUCCGAACCUCACACAUCUAAACCUAAGUGGCAACAAAAUAAAGGAUCUUAGUACAAUAGAACCACUGGAGAAGUUAGAAAACCUGAAGAGUUUAGAUCUUUUCAAUUGUGAGGUCACUAACCUGAAUGACUACAGAGAUAAUGUCUUCAAACUUCUCCCUCAACUCACGUAUCUGGAUGGCUAUGAUCGAAAUGAUAAAGAGGCCCCUGAUUCGGAUGCAGAAGGCUACGUGGAAGACCUAGAUGAUGAAGAGGAGGAGGAGGAUGAAGAGGACUAUGAUGAAGAGGGUCAGUUAGGAUACUAUGAAUUAGAGGAAGAGGAGGAUGUGAGUGAAGAAGAGGAAGAUGUGAGUGGAGAAGAGGAGGAGGAUGAAGAGGAUUAUAAAGAUGGUGAAGUAGAUAAUGAAGAAGAGGAAGAAGAAGUUGAUGAAGCCCGGGGGGAGAAGAGAAAACGGGAGGCCGAUGAUGAAGGCGAGGAGGAAGAUUAAAUGCAACGUAAUCUGUUUUGGGGGGGAAAUAAGUCUCCUAUUGUGAUUUGACUGUUUAUACCCUGUAUUUUCACCCCUUCUCACCCCCCCUCCCUGGAAUGUAAUGUUGCUGUGAGAUCAAGAAGGAAAUGCUUAAUUUUAUGGGCAAGGGAAUUAAAAUAACAUAUUUUUUAAAAAACACCUGCCAUUCAGACUGCUACACUUUGUUUCUGAAAAAAAUAUUUUAUCUGUUAUUCCUGUUUAUGCAGUAGCAGACAGAACGCAAGAGAUAACUUCAUUUUUCUUGAAGUGGCUCAUCUUGGACUCUAGAUUUUUUUUUUAAAGUUUUUUAGAAAUAAAUAUGAGCCGGAAGAUUUCCACAAUGAUUCAAAUUGAUGGCUGGAGCUGGAGGGCGGAGGGAUAAUUUGGGCCUGAAGACUCAGUGGCUUUCCCCCCCUUUUUGCCAGUUUAUGAAGAUAUUGUAAGUAUUUCUUUCUUCUCUUCUGGAUGCAGCAAAAUUGGCCGUGGGAGCAUUCCAGCCGCCGCCACCGCAGGGGAGCAGCAGCAUCUUGAUAACCAAGUGUUUUCUUGUUACCUGUUUUGUGAAUGGCUGCCGUUCCCAGAAACCCUUUUCUUCCACUUCCUAUCGGUAACAUUUACUUGGUUGUUUGUAAAUAGUGACCAACUAUGUAAUUUCUCUCUCCUUUCUCUCUCUCUCUCCCUCCUUUUUAUUUGGUUUGUGGGGGUGAUUUUGCAAAUUUUUAUUUUAAAAAAUCUCGUAGAGCAUGGCUGGGCAAGCUCUCCUGGGAUGGGAACCGCUCAAGAAUAUGGCAGGAUCCUUGUUCAGCUCCCAUUCCUGGUUGGUUCGUAUUCUGACUAUUGAGGGGGUCUAGAGCAGUUCUCUGUAAACGGCAGUCAUGGAAAUAUCUAUAAAUAUAUAUAAAAAGUGUUCCUAAUUUCCUGAGUUAACUGGUGAAUUGCAUUUGACAGUUGUAAUAAAAAAAGAAAAUGUUUGAACCCUUUUAACUAAAGUGUGUACUAUUUUGGUCUGUAAAAUACUAUAUAUAAAAAUAUAUUAACAACUCCUUGAUAUUAGGUGAUGAGAAUCUGUUUCCACGUGUGCUCUACAAUACUCUGAAGAUCUUUGCAAACCGUUUAAUAACAGAGGAGACAGUACUGGACGCCCAGGCCAGUCGGGUCUCUUUUCAUACACGAGCAAGGAUUGCUGAAAGAAAAGUUGUAUUUUCUUAAAAAGUCAGUAAAUUGACUGCAAAGUACCUAGUUGAAUGUACAGAUUUAAUUUCAUGUCCCUCUUCGAAUAAGAGCUCUAGAAGUGGCUUGUAUUUUCUAGUCAGUUUCUCAUCUGUAUAUAAACAAGCACGUCCAUUGCGACCUUCCCGCUUGCUCCCCAAAGAGCCAAACUUUUUGAGUUUUAUGUCUUUGUUAAUUAUGAAUUUCAAUAAAUCUUUUUAUACAAUU